UCUAACCAUGACAUUUCAAAGUUUUAACAUAAAUAUCUAUCAAAACCACAACAUUUUUUGCUGUAAUGAGAAACGUGAUUGUUUUAAAACAUUUUUUAUUACAUUUAUAUUUUGAAGUCAAUUGUAUAGUUGUAACUUAUUGUUUUGCUAGAAAUUAUUUGUUCUGAAAUACCUUUUAACAUUUUAAAGACAACUGAUUCAACUUUUACCAUUUCUUCUAACAUUUAAAUACUGACUGCAAUUUUUUCCAAAUGAAAAACUUUAUGUUAUUGACGCUUGUAUAUAUUGCUGUGAUGAUAAAAAUAUCCUCAUCAAGCAAUCCCUCCGUUGCUAUGAAUUUGGAAAAAGCUUCUAUCAAUUUAAACAAAAUACUAUUUAAUUAUAGGAAAGAAGUUGUUCCCAUUUAUGAAAAUAAACCAGUCAAUGUAAGUAUCAGUAUGUAUAUAAACGACAUGGUUCCCUUAGAAAAUAUUCCAAAGCAUUUUAGUGUUGACUUUACACUACGCAUGAUUUGGGAAGAUAAAAGACUCGUGUUUGAAGAUAAUAGUCCAGAAGCAUAUGUUGCUUUUGAUGCACAGGUCGCUUCACAAAUUUGGAUUCCAAAUAUUUAUUUUCCUAAGGGAAAGAGGGGUGUAAUGCAUGACAUUAUUGCUAAAAAUGUUUUCAUACUUGUUUAUAAAAAUGGUACUGUGAAAUACAGUCAAAGGCUGUCAGUCUUAUCAUUUUGUCCCAUGAAGUUUCGACUAUAUCCUUUCGAUAUUCAAGACUGUUCAUUUGAACUUGAGACAUUUGCACAGUCAGAGUUGUAUGUUAACUUAAAAUGGAUGGACAAACCUAUAGAUCGAAAAACUGAUUUAAAUGUUCCUGAUUACAGCAAUGUGAAAAUAAGAACAAACAGCUCAACUCGUUUAGGAGAUUUUGGUUUGAAUUUUACCACAUUAGAAGUUAAGUUCACUUUGCAUCGCGAUUUUACUUUGCACUUCCUACGAGAUUUUUUUCCCUGUAUUCUCACCGUCAUGUUAAGCUGGGUUUCCUUUUAUUUGAGCUAUAAAUCAACACCUGCUAGGUCAACAUUUGGUAUCACCACUGUACUAACCAUAGUAACUAUGAGCAACAACAUCAGAUCAACAGCCCCUAGUUCAAAAACAUUUCGUAGUCUAGAUUAUUACAUGUUGAUAUGUAUGAUAUUUGUGUUUGGAGCACUUGUAGAGUUUGCAGUUGUUGGAAUCACAGAUCCAGACUUUUCUCCUCGAUGGAAGAACAAAGGAAAAAGAACAAAAAAGAAUUACGACAUUGUCUCAGUAAAAGAACCAGAGAACAAAGGAAGUGAACCAGUUAUUAAAAAAAUAGAUAUAGGACCAUUUGUAUUAAUUACUGGUGACCAACACGUUAUUGACAACUGCGCUAAAAUUGUUUUUCCACUUUUGUUCUUAUUUGUAAAUGCCGUAUAUUUUGCAUACCACCGCAUCCAUCCUGAAACUGUUAACAAAUAAAUAGUGGAUUUAUGGUAAAAUAGUAAAAGAACAUGCUUUUAGUUAAGUUGUCACCAUUUCAGUUCUAACGAUUGAUGUCAAUAAAAAGAGAAACUUCAGUAAUUAUAAAUAAAUUAAUUCUAAAAACUGA